AUGAUUAAAGCGGUUUACUUCAUUACAAGUCUGGUCCUGGUUCAUCAGAUUCAGAUAAACUGUUUCAGAUUAUCCAGUGGGGGGCGGCUGCGUUUAGCUGCUCGGUAUCCCAGGGAGCAGAUGUGGGCGUCCCGAUUCAGGACCAGGGACUCUGUGUGGGCUGCAGAUAAGAGGGCCCACUAUAAAGACCAGCACCAGCCAGAGGAGGCCAGUCCUGAUGUCCACAUGAAGGAGAAACAGGAUAACUCUACACAGAUCGUUGAUGUUGACCACCUCUAUUACACGUCUAAAAUCUUCGGUCCUGGAGACGCCUCUGGUAAAAUCCUGUGGGUGAACGUGGACAAGACGGAGGGACAGUGGAAGGUCCUCAGCUUUCUGUCCAACACACACAGACACGCAGAGAGAGUGAAUCUGUCCUUCAGUUUUCCGUUCUAUGGUCACCUUCUGAACGAAAUCACAGUUGCUACUGGAGGUUUCAUCUACACUGGAGAUAUAAUCCACCAGAUGCUCACAGCUACUCAGUACAUCGCUCCUCUGAUGGCCAACUUUGACCCAAGCCUUUCCAAAAACUCCACAGUGUUGUACUGUGACAACGGAGCUGCGUUGGUGGUUCAGUGGAACCAUAUGUACCUCCAGGACAACAUCAGUGCUGGAACGUUCACUUUUCAGGCCUCGCUGCACAGUGACGGACGGAUUGUUUUUGCAUACAAAGAGAUUCCUGUCGACAUCAGAGACAUCAGCUCUGAGAAUCAUCCCGUCAAAGUCGGCUUAUCUGAUGCUUUUGUGGUGCUGAAUGAGAUGGAACAGAUUCCCAAUGUUCGUCGGAGAACCAUCUACGAGUAUCACAGAGUCAGCAUCCCCACGUCAAAAAUCUGCAGUUCUACAGCCGUGGAGCUGCUUCCUCUUCCCACGUGUCUGCAGUUCUCCAGCUGUGGCUCGUGUGUUGCUUCUCACACCGGCUUUAACUGCAGCUGGUGCAGUCGGCUGCAAAGAUGCUCCAGCGGCUUCGAUCAUUAUCGACAGGAGUGGGUCGACCUCGGCUGUCCUGAGGAGAGUCGAGAUGUGCGAUGUCCCCAGACGGCAGACACCAGAAACGGCACAUGGCAGCGCCUCACGAACACGUCCACUCCUGUAGCAGCCACCGGGAAGCUGCAGAGGACCUCCAACAUGACGCCCACCUCCCUCAGCAGGACCUCCACCAGCACCAACCAGACGUUGCACAGCGGAGAAAACAAAUCAAGUGCACAGCAGUCAACUAGCACAUCUACAAACGCAGGAAAUGCUGAGAGCAGAGAAAGUCGUGCAGGUUUCCUGGCAGGCAUCGUCGUCAUGGUGACUGUUGUCAUGGUAGCAGCUUUCCUGGUGUCCAUCUACAUGUACCGCCACCCAACCUCCAGUGUCAGCAUCUUCCUCAUGGAGCGACGCCCGACUUCUUGGCCGAUCCUGAAGUUCAGACGAGGCUCCGGGCGCCCGUCGUACGCCGAGGUGGAGGCUCCCGGUCAGGACAGAGAAGGCACAGUCGUCAUCGACUUCAAACAGUUUUUCUUCUUGUCGGACAGAAGAGAGAGCGAACAGAAAGAAGGGUUUGUAGUUCCUGAUCAGAGGGAACGUGUCCUCGGCUCGGAGAACUCCUGACUACACAUCCCGUCACGUUUGGAGACGGUUUUCUGCUUUUCUUUUUAAACUGAUGCACAAAUUCAGAGACAAAAAUACAUCAAACCUCACAAUUUUUAGC